GGACACUCGUGAGACCCUCUCCGCCCCGCGGCCCUGUGUCUUCCCAGGUGACCACGCCGGCCUCAGGACAUGCACGGGCACAGCCGCAACGGGCAGGCCCACGUGCCCCGGCGGAAACGCCGCAACCGCUUCGUGAAGAAAAACGGCCAGUGCAACGUGUACUUCGCCAACCUGAGCAACAAGUCCCAGCGCUACAUGGCGGACAUCUUCACCACGUGCGUGGACACGCGCUGGCGCUACAUGCUCAUGAUCUUCUCCGCGGCCUUCCUCAUCUCCUGGCUCUUCUUCGGCCUCCUCUUCUGGUGCAUUGCGUUCUUCCACGGUGACCUGGAGGCCAGCGCGGCGGUGCCGGCCACCGGGGCACAGGCGGGCAAUGGCGGGGCGACCCCAGCGGCCCCCAAGCCCUGCAUCAUGCAUGUGAACGGCUUCCUGGGCGCCUUUCUCUUCUCCGUAGAGACGCAGACAACCAUUGGCUACGGCUUCCGCUGCGUGACGGAGGAGUGCCCGCUGGCCGUCAUCGCUGUCGUGGUGCAGUCCAUCGUGGGCUGCGUCAUCGACUCCUUCAUGAUUGGCACCAUCAUGGCCAAGAUGGCUCGGCCCAAGAAGCGUGCACAGACGCUGCUGUUCAGCCACCACGCGGUCAUCUCGGUGCGCGACGGCAAGCUCUGCCUCAUGUGGCGCGUGGGCAACCUGCGCAAGAGCCACAUCGUGGAGGCCCACGUGCGCGCGCAGCUCAUCAAGCCUUACAUGACCCAGGAGGGCGAGUACCUCCCGCUGGACCAGCGGGACCUCAACGUGGGCUACGACAUCGGCCUGGACCGCAUCUUCCUGGUGUCGCCCAUCAUCAUCGUCCACGAGAUCGACGAGGACAGCCCACUCUAUGGCAUGGGCAAGGAGGAGCUGGAGUCAGAGGACUUUGAGAUUGUGGUCAUCCUGGAGGGCAUGGUGGAGGCCACAGCCAUGACUACCCAGGCGCGCAGCUCCUACCUGGCCAGCGAGAUCCUGUGGGGCCACCGCUUCGAGCCCGUGGUCUUCGAGGAGAAGAGCCACUACAAGGUGGACUACUCGCGCUUCCACAAGACCUAUGAAGUGGCCGGCACGCCUUGCUGCUCGGCCCGGGAGCUGCAGGAGAGCAAGAUCACCGUGCUGCCUGCCCCGCCACCUCCGCCCAGUGCCUUUUGCUACGAGAACGAGCUGGCCCUCAUGAGCCAGGAGGAGGAGGAGAUGGAGGAGGAGGCGGCUGCAGCCGCUGUGGCUGCCGGCCUGGGCCUGGAGGCGGGCACCAAGGAGGAGGCGGGCAUCAUCCGGAUGCUGGAGUUUGGCAGCCACCUGGAUCUGGAGCGCAUGCAGGCCACCCUCCCGCUGGACAACAUCUCCUACCGCAGGGAGUCUGCCAUCUGACCUCCAGGCCCCACCCGCCUCACCUCCUGCUGUAUGAGCCCCUGCCAGGUGGGUGGGAAGCCAGGAUGCCUCUUCCACGCUCAUGACAGAGCUGACCUAGCUCUGUGGACCCCCUGGAGGAAGGUGGUGGGGACAUCCAAGACUCAGAGCCCAGGCCUGGGGAGGGCCCGGGGGACUCGGCCCAAGCGCCCAGGCUCUACCCACCAGCAGCUGUGGACCUGGACCUUCCACCCUUUCCCUACUGACCCUGCAAGGACGUGCCCCACCCCCGUGCCCUUCAAACUUGGGGAAGGUGGCUGGACUGCUGGGGAGUGGGCAUCUCGGGGUUCUGGGAGGGCAGGGGGUGGGGCCGGGAGGGGGGAGGGGCGCGUUUCUCUUGCAUGACUACAGCCUUGUGCUCUCAUGACUUUCUUUUGUAAAUACCUACAAAUGGAGUGAGCUAGAGA